AUGGCAGGUGAAAACUGUGAAUGUUUAUCACUAUCACAAGCAAUAAGCAACCACGAUUUGCAAGUCCUAAAAGACUUCUUCAACCGGAGGCUAGUCGCAGCUAGUGUGUGGACCGAUGCAUUCGAGACACCAUUGCGAAAAGCUUGCCUUUGCGGUCAACUGGAAGUCGUCAAGGAGCUACUAUUGCACGAAAUGACGACGAGGCCUGACCAAACGGUUCGAGAUAGUACUUAUUGUCAGAUUUUACGGCUCGAUGUUGCUUCGGGUAAUGGCAAUCUUGAGACUGUAAAGGAAUUGUACGAAAACAAUCACGAUCUGCUUGAUCAAGAGCAUUCAUGUAGCUAUGGACUUGCUAUACCGCUUGUGAGAGCUUCGAAUGUAGGGCAUAGAGAAACCACUGACUAUCUUUAUGAGAAAACGCCUCUUCGUGUUUUGAUGGACGAUGGAGGAUAUUGGGCUAUAUGUCUUCUUCUUGAUGCUGUAUUUAACGGAUUUCUCGUUGACUAG